AUGUCUACUGAUUCGACAACUGUUGUCAUUAUCAUUGGUGGUGGUCUAGGAGGCCUUGCUCUAGCUCAGUUAUUAUUACAAAACUCGUCUUCAAUUAAAGUAUUAGUAUUUGAACGUGAUGAAGAUAAAAAUUCACGCGAACAAGGUUAUUGUAUUGGCCUUGACUCAAUGGGACUUGAUGUUUUAACUCAAAUUCGAGUUCUUGAUAAUCUCCUACGUGAUGAAUCCGAUGCAGUUUAUACUCUAUCGUUCUUUCGAUUGGUUAACAAAUAUCUUCAAAAAUUAAUUGAUUUCAAUGCAAAAAAUAAUAAAUUAAUCUAUCGAGAAGAUCUUCGACAAGCAUUACUAACUAAUAUUGAUGUUCAAUGGAAUAAACGAUUUAUAUCAUAUAAAAUAGACGAUGAUGGUGUUGAAGCUUAUUUUGAAGAUGGAACAUCAGUACGAGGUACAAUUCUUAUUGGUUGCGAUGGAACUAAAUCAAUUGUUCGAACUCAACUUAUACCAGAAUUUCAGCGAAAUGAUCUUCGUAUUAUUAAUAUUGGAGGUACUGUAGAACAAAAUGCUAGCUUGAAAAAAAUUCAAGAAUUAACAAAACAAUCUCUUGUACGAGUAUUCGGUAAACAAGGUCAUACAUUACUCAUUCUACCUUUUCGACAGUCAUGGAUAUGGGCUCUUUCAUGGCCAGAAAAAGAAACUCAUGAAGAAACCAAUAUAACAUCUCUUAAAGUAAUUGAAAAAGCUCAUGAAUAUUUUAAUAAUGAUGAAAUCAUCCGUUUAAUCGAAUCAAGUUCACCUUCAACAUGCAUCGGUCCAUAUCGACUGUAUUCGGCUGCAUGUCUCAAACACAAUCCAUUUCCAAAUAAUUCUCGUGUGACAUUACUUGGUGAUGCUGCUCAUCCAAUGACGACACAUGCUGGAAAAGGUGCUAAUACAGCUUUUGCUGAUGCAUUUGAUCUUGCUAAUUUAAUUUUAAAUCCUUCAUCUUCAACACUUUCUGGAUAUGAACAAAAAAUGUUCAAACGAGGUUUUACUGCUGUACAAAUGUCGCUCUCCUCUACAAACAUGAUUCAUUCAAUUGGUUGGCGAGCUUCAUUUCGUAAUAGUAUAUUUUUCAUCAUGCGUUAUACAUUCGUAUUGAUCAAUUUAAUUUCAAUACCGUUUCGUUUCUACAAGAAAAAAACUGAUUAA